AAUGGGUUUGAAAGAUGAAAGUAAGGAGCUGAAUAUAUUGUUUGUAGAGGUUAAACUCAAGAACGUACCCCUCUUGAUAUUUGCAAAUAAUCAAGACUUGGUAUAAGCCCUUCCUACUGAUGAGGCUAGUAUUCCAUCUAUUUAAGAUCUUAGAUAGUUUGAAAUUAAAUAAAAUCACUGA